CCUUUACCCCAACAACCACCCAUUGAUAACCAAAUUCAUUCUAGAUAAAAUAGUUCCAGAAAAUCAGGCAAAAAUUACCAUCUUUGUGCUAUAAAAUUACAUGUGUUAGGAGCGUAGCUAUCGCCAACUAAUCGAUGACUAAAGUGAGUUUGGGCUACCUGUGGCUACUUUAGGUUCAGCUUGACAGCCUCGUGAUUCCAUCAACAAGAAGAUAGGUUACUUUAGUUAAACAGCAGAAAAAAUCUUCUUAUUUUAUCCAAUGCAGUUUUGAAUAUUCCUUUGCAAAGAUGGAUUAUGUUAACCACGACAAUAAGAUCGAGUCUGAUGCCGACUCUGAUUCAAACAGUAUAGAUAAAUCUCUUCGUGAACAAACUACAGUCACUGCUAUUGGCAAGACCAAAACAUUUGCAGGACUAGAAAGAGAAGAAUGGCUAUUUGUGACCAUUUCUUUGGUGAACAUCAUCAUAACUGUAGGGUUUACCAUAAAAUGCAUGGUCGAUGUGCACUCUAACUCUCCUGAUUUUACCUUUGCUAUUAUAUUACUGGUCAAUGCUGCAUUUUGCUUCUUUUAUGCCAUCCAUGGUGUGCUAAGGGAACGAGAGUUUGAAAUCUAUGCAUAUAUUGCAGCUGCCACAGUUGUGUUUACAUACAUCAUUAUUAACAUGGCUGUAAAACCGAAUCACAUUACAGCAAUCAAAUGGGCUCGAUUUGGCACCAUCUUGGUAUUUGCUCCUUUCAACAUUUACUAUGGCAUCGUUGUGGCAAGAGGGUUUGGUUUUUUAGAAUUCAAAACAGUUGGAGCAGUUGUAGCCCUACAAAAGAUGUACAGAAAAGCUGGGAUAUUUUCCUGCCUGCUAAAAUUUGACUUCCAGCUUGCAAUAAGUUUAGCAGUUCUUGUCAUUUAUAAUCCCAUAUUACUGAAUCUAACAAACAAGGUUAUUUUGGGUGUUGGGAUUCCCUUCCAGUUUAUCUGGUCCGUGCUGGGUUGGAUUAUGAUGCGUAAAGAAUUAAAAUAUCUUGUCUUGGUCUUCAUCCCUGCAUCACUUGUGGAACCUGGUUACAUUAUCUAUCGGUUGGAUGAGGACAUACGCAACUGGGAAAGCAACACAAAUGGGACCAGUAAAGGAAAUAUGACUGCUAUAAGUGCCUCUAGUACUACAAACAAUGAUAAAGAUACUCUCAUCUACUGCUUCAUUGUUGUGGCUGCUAUUGCUCUCCUGGUUAGAGUGCUUGUCUUGAUUGCCCUGAAGUUUGUUGUGGACAACUUUGGAAAAGGCCUUCGGGAGUCUGUAUAUAACCUGCCAGUAUCAGAUGACCAGCCACCUCUUCUUCCGAGGAAAAGAGAUAUUGCUAAAUGCUGUGGCAUUGUCUGUUGUGGACCUCUUGGAUAAUGAAAUAAGCAGCUUAACAACAACGAUCAACAAGGGUAUCACCUAGCAACAGUCCCUAGCAAAGCUUCCUGUUUUCUGCUCAGGCAAUCAGAUGAAUAUUAUGACAGUCAGACUUAAAGCUAUGUUAUAAAUCAGACAGAGUGCUAAAACUAAAUGCGUGGGUUAAAUGAUGUUAAGGUAUGCUUCUCACACAAUCCUUAUGACAUGGAAAAGGGAUGAAAUUCAAUAUACUAAAAAAAUAUAUAAUUUUUAUGUAAUAACUUAUAAUAACACAAGUUUUGUAAAAUAUUUUGAAGUCUUCAUGACUUCAUUAUCGUAGCCUGCGUCACAUCCAGAAUUUUCUUUGAAAAUUCCAGAUGUGAUGCAGGCUACAUUAUCGAGUAUAAAACUUACUUUGAACACUUUAGCUAUUAUUCAAAUUACUUUGUAUUAAUUUGCGAAUGACCUCCAUAAUUAAAGUUACUUUGGCAAUGAAUUUAUUUCGUCUUUGAAAAUUGUCUUACAAAACUUGUGUAAAGUUGUGUAUUUUCCCCUUGAAUGCAAUUUAUAAUAAGUUCUUGUUAUUGUUCUUGUUCUUAAAAGAACCCAUAAUAGUUAGAAAUAAUUCAUAACUUUUUCUAAGAUUAGUGCUUUGGUUUUAUAGUUCUGACUCAGUGUCCUAUGUCAACUAUUAAAAAAAUCAAUGCUAAAUUAAUAAAACCGUUAACAAUGCUUAAAAUAAGAGCUGGUCAGUCACUAAUCAUGAUGACUAGUCAAAUAAGUUUUAGCGUGGUCAUACCUUGUUUCUGGCUCAACUUUACCAAUGACCGGCAGGGUAAAGAUUCACCAGACAAGUCCCAAUUCUAGAAGGACAUUGUCCGGGCGGGG